CGAGCAAGAAAUCGAACAGCUACUCACGAUCGUUGCAACGACGUUGCCAGGCAGUGAGCCGUCAGAGCAGGAUAUGGAGCAGAGUUGAUGAAUUUUAAUAUAUAUGAGUGUGACUGAUCAAGGAGAAACGACACCAGACAAGUAGCAAUGGGUACUUCACGGCUUGUCAUGCGUAUUGUCUCUGCAUCAGUUGUAAUAGCAGAGCAUGCUGGUAGCAUCAUAAGGCAUAUUGCCAGUGAAGGCAAACUUGGUAUCUUGGAGAAAGGUGUGAAUGACUUGCAGACAGAGGCUGACCGCAGAGCACAGAGAUUCAUCACUGCGUCCCUGUCAAAAAGGUUCUCUAAGAUCCAUAUUAUUGGAGAGGAGACAUUGACUCCAUUAGAACAGGUGGCAGACAACUGGCUAGAGCUCGGAUUCGCAGAAGACAUUUUGGCAAAAAAUUGUCCCCAGAAUUUACUGUCCACCAAGGAGGAGGAUGUGGUGAUUUGGGUGGAUCCAUUAGAUGGAACAGCUGAGUAUGCGUACGGGUUUCUUGAUCACGUUACUGUUUUGAUAGGUGUUGCUAUUCGAGGCAAACCCAUUGCUGGUGUGAUACACCAGCCUUACUAUAACUAUAAGGUACCAGGAGCUAUCCUAGGUCGUACAGUUUGGGGCGUCGUAGGCUUGGGCGCAUUUGGAAUGGAGAAAUAUUCAAUCCACUCGGACAAGAGGAUAGUCACUACAUCUCGGCUGCGGCGUAGUAAAACUAACACUGAAGCAAUUGAGGCCCUUAAGCCUGAUGACGUCAUUUACGCAGGUGGCUGUGGACAUAAAACUAUGUUAGUGAUUGAAGGAGCUGCCAGUGCCUAUGUGUAUGGUAACCCCGGUUGUAAAAAGUGGGACACUUGUGCUCCAGAGGCUGUGCUUCGUUCACUUGGUGGCCAGAUGACUGAUUUACAUGGUAACAAGUUUCAGUAUCACAAGGAUGUACAAAGAGAAAACACAGGUGGUGUGCUUGCAACUGUAUCUAAUCAUAAAUGGUGUCUUUCUAGAAUACCACAGUGUGUGAAGGAUGUCUUGCCAACGGAAGGCUGAAGACUAUGGAACAUAUAAGUUGUUAAUUAUAUAAUGAAUAUACACUAGAGGUGUAAUGAUACACUAGGGUCACGAUACCAUACGUAGGUCAUGAUACGAUACACAGACAGAAAGAGAGAUAUUGUCAAUAGCAUGGUAUGAUAAAUUUGUUAUAUCAUGUACGAAUUAAUGUUUUUUAUUAUUAAUGUUCAUUUGUGAAUUUAUAAUUAAAUUACAGAUUGGUCAAUAUUGUAAUGUAUGUUGAUUGGUGUAGUUCACAUAAAUGGCCACAUUCAAAUUUUAGUGUUAUAACUGUAUAAUAUGUAUUCCAAUACUUUUAUAUUGGAAUACAUAUUAUAACAGUAAAAUUAGAAUGUGGCCAUUUAUGUAAACCACGCCAAUCAAUGAUUCAACAUACAUUACAAUACAAUACAAACGUAUUAUGAGUUGUCAAAGGCAUAGAAAUAUAUAGUAAACAAUCUAUAUAUUUCUAUGGCUGAAACACACCAAGACAUUCUGUGUGUGCUCUAAACUAACCCAUAAUCGAAAGCCCGACUCAUGUGCAUGCCAUAAACGGUGCUAAAGUAUGUGUGCAGUAACGACACACACCAGUCAAUCAACACUUGAUUGUUGUGCCGUAACAAUUUUGGCGGCAACACAAGCGCACCACAUAUAUUGAUCCAGAUUUCUACGACAAUCAAGGAUAAUUACGUGAUACUGAAAAGGACUUCAUGAAAUAAAUGAAAGAAUUAAAUUUAAAAGGAAUUACAUGUGCUUUAAUGAAUACCGUAUAUACUCGCGUAAUAACCGCAAAUUUGGCCUCACAUUUCAACCCUGUAUUUGCUCUGCGGUUUAUAAGU